GAUCCGCCCGCUCCAAGCGCGGCCGCUGAGCACAGCGACUUCCCAGGGCGGAGCGCGCCUCGCUGCUCAGCGGCUCCGGGCCACCUGUGAGUUUUCUGCCUGGCGGGUGCUCAUCGUGUCCGGAUGCGAAUCCACGUAGAGGUGCGGUGUCGGUGCCAUCUCCCUCCGUUUUCCACCCUAUGCUGAUACUGGAAAACUUGCUUACUCACCUCUGUAUCUCUCUGCAGAAGACCAGUUGCUGACCUUAUCCAGCUUUGCUUCUCAGGCUGCUUUUGACUUCUCUGGACGGUAGCAACACAUUGAAUCUGACAUGAUUCUUCGCAGUUCUACUGCUGCAGAUGGAAUUCUGAGUACAAGGAAUGAAAAUUGAUAGGACUUACUGGUGCUUGUUCUUCUGUAGCCUGGCAAGUCUCUGAUCAGCAGCAAAGGAAUCUCCUUGGAGGAAUGGCCAGACUGCCUUUUCUGGCUCACUGGAAGGAGCAGUAUCGGAUACCUGCAAACAAAAAAGAAGCAGAAGAUAUUAACACUAAAUCAACACAGUAUGGCACAGCAUAGUCUUGUCCUUGGACUGUUCAUGAUGGUGGCUUUAUCACUGUUGGAUGGAAGUUCAGCUUUCCUGUUAAAUCAGCGUCUAAAGGGAAGAUUUCAAAGAGACCGUAGAAACAUCCGCCCAAACAUCAUCCUUGUUCUUACUGACGAUCAGGAUGUAGAACUUGGUUCUAUGCAAGUAAUGAAUAAAACAAGACGGAUCAUGGAGCAUGGAGGUGCUCAUUUCAUCAAUGCCUUUGUGACAACACCAAUGUGCUGCCCAUCUCGCUCCUCUAUUCUUACGGGGAAGUAUGUGCACAACCACAACACCUACACUAACAACGAGAACUGUUCUUCUCCAUCCUGGCAGGCUCAGCAUGAAAUACGUACAUUUGCUGUGUACCUCAACAACACAGGAUAUAGGACAGCUUUCUUUGGGAAGUACCUUAAUGAAUAUAAUGGUUCCUAUGUGCCUCCUGGUUGGAAAGAAUGGGUUGGAUUACUUAAAAAUUCUCGAUUUUACAACUACACACUCUGUAGAAAUGGAGUGAAGGAGAAACAUGGAUUUGACUACUCCAGGGAUUAUCUCACUGAUCUGAUAACCAAUGACAGUAUUACCUUCUUCAGAAUAUCAAAGAAGAUGUAUCCUCACAGGCCUGUUUUGAUGGUUAUAAGCCAUGCUGCCCCUCAUGGCCCUGAAGAUUCAGCCCCUCAAUAUUCUCAUCUCUUUCCUAAUGCUUCACAACACAUCACUCCCAGCUACAACUAUGCUCCAAACCCAGACAAGCACUGGAUAAUGAGGUAUACGGGUCCCAUGAAACCUAUACACAUGGAGUUCACUAACAUGUUACAGAGAAAGCGCCUUCAAACACUCAUGUCUGUGGAUGAUUCUAUGGAAAUGAUUUACAACACAUUGGUUGAAACUGGUGAACUGGACAAUACAUACAUAAUAUACACAGCAGAUCAUGGUUAUCAUAUUGGUCAGUUUGGGCUGGUAAAGGGAAAAUCCAUGCCGUAUGAGUUUGAUAUCAGAGUUCCUUUCUAUGUCCGAGGGCCAAAUGUGGAGGCCGGGUCUUUGAAUCCUCACAUUGUGUUGAAUAUUGAUCUUGCACCUACGAUUCUAGAUAUCGCUGGAUUGGAUAUUCCAUCUGAUAUGGAUGGUAAAUCUAUUCUAAAACUCCUGGAUUCUGAGAGACCAGUGAAUAGGUUCCAUUUAAAGAAAAAGAUGAAAGUGUGGAGAGACUCAUUCCUAGUGGAGAGAGGCAAACUGCUGCAUAAGAGGGAAAAUGAGAAGGUAGAUGCCCAAGAAGAAAACUUUCUACCCAAAUACCAGCGUGUGAAGGACCUUUGUCAGAGAGCUGAGUACCAAACAGCUUGUGAGCAGCUCGGCCAGAAAUGGCAGUGUGUGGAAGACGCCAGUGGGAAGCUCAAGUUGCACAAGUGCAAGGGAAUGGUGAACUUGGCAGGAAACAGCAAAGGCACUUCCAACCUAUUGCCCAAAUACUACAGCAGGAAUAGCGAAGACUGCAACUGUGAGGAGAAUGAAUACAAGCUGAGCCACGCGGGACGGAGGAAGAAGCUCUUCUCCAAGAAGAAAUACAAACCAAGCUAUGCCCGGAAUCGCUCUACCCGCUCUGUAUCUGUGGAACUGAAUGGGGCUGUAUUUAACUUGGGUUUGGAGGAUGGAUACCAACCCGUCUUACCAAGAAACAUCACCAAGAGACACAAGAUUCAGAGGGUUGUUCUUCGUGAGGAGGAGGAUAAAGACAUGGCAGAGUACAGCGGCACUGGAGGCAUUGCAGAGUAUGCAGCCCCAAAUCUGAUCAAAGUGACACACAGGUGUUACAUCCUGGAGAAUGACACGGUUCAGUGUGACACUGAUCUGUACAGGUCACUGCAAGCUUGGAAGGACCACAAGCUUCAUAUCGACCACGAGAUUGAAACUUUGCAAAAUAAAAUAAAAAACCUGAGGGAGGUGAGAGGACACCUGAAGAAGAAGAGACCCGAGGAGUGUGACUGUAACAAGAUCAGUUACCAUUCCAAACACAAAAACAAACUGAGGCACAAAGGAUCCAAUCUUCACCCUUUCAAGAAAGCCCUACAGGAGAAAGACAGGCUGUGGCUGCUUCGAGAGCAAAGACGAAAGAAGAAACUGCGCAAACUGCUGAAGAGAAUAAAAAACAACGACACGUGCAGCAUGCCCGGCCUGACCUGCUUCACCCAUGACAACCAGCACUGGCAAACUGCGCCCCUCUGGACAUUGGGUCCUUUCUGUGCUUGUACCAGUGCCAACAACAACACGUACUGGUGUUUGAGGACAAUCAACGAGACCCACAACUUUCUGUUCUGUGAAUUUGCUACUGGAUUUUUGGAGUACUUUGAUCUCAAUACUGACCCGUAUCAGCUAAUCAAUGCAGUGAAUACGUUAGAUAGAGAUGUUCUCAAUCAACUGCACGUCCAGCUCAUGGAACUGAGAAGCUGCAAAGGGUACAAACAGUGCAAUCCAAGAACUAGGAACAUAGAUCUGGGACUUAAAGAUGGAAGCUACGAGCAAUACAGGCAGUUUCAGCGUCGAAAGUGGCCAGAUGUGAAGAGACCAUCAUCUUCUAAGUCACUAGGACAGCUGUGGGAAGGAUGGGAAGGCUAAACUGCCUCAACUGCUGGACCUCAGCGAGGAUAUGAACUGGCCAGAACUUGAAUUCAUGUACAGACUAAGCAAAAAUGUGUAUGAUUUCAGAAGAAUUUUAAUGUUAGCCUGGAGGACUGGAUGAACUUGGAGGCCAAACUAGAUAGUGUUUGCACUGGUGAGUGAAUUAAAUAGUUGAAGUGAAAUUACAGGAACCUGCUGCCAGGAAUACAGGUCUCUUUCAGAUCCACUCUUGUACCUGCUUUUUGCUUUGGAUUAUACCUCACCUGCUGUACGAGGCUUUUUACUUCAAGAAGACACCACUAACUCUGUUCCAGGAAUUGACAGAAGAGUAAAUACAGCUGCAUCCCAAAGAGGACUGCCAUCCCAGUAGGCAAAGUGUCCUCAAAGACAGUGGAAGUAAACUGCUUCAGUUCGACUCUACCUUUGGAUGUAAGGAGACAAAUUACAAAGCCAAGUAUAUCAUGGACACUUCUGCUUCCAACGGGGGUAAAGUUAACAGUGAAAAAAACCUCGUAAGAAAUUCAGGAAUUCAAGUGAGCAGCACUGAAUAUUCUCAAUACCGUGAUAUCUCUCAAAUUUCCUCCUCUGAGGACAUGUUUUAGUUCCACAUCUACUUGUCCGUCCUAUUGCCACCUCUAGGAAAAUUAGAGAAAAUCUUGACUAACAGGAUGUCACAUUUUUGGAGGGGUUAUGUAAAUAUUCAUCAGCAUAAUGUUUAAAAAUAAUUUCCUUCAGGUUGUGAAGAAUUUUGUUAAUAAAAGUGUGGAAUGCCCACAUGCCAUUUCUCAAAACGUUACUUCAUGUCACAUAGCACAUUUCAGAAUCCAUCCGGUUUUAGAAGUACAGAAAUUUCAGUAAAUGUACAUCCUGCAUUUUAACCCAAUAAGAUUUGUAACACGUUUUUUCGUGGGUAGUAUUACGUUGUGUGUCCAAGACCAAAACGAUUCAUUUCAGAAAGGAAUAUCUGCUUAAUAGUGCAAAUUUUAGACUUAUCUUUUAAAAAAGGCUUCUCUGAGAAGUUCAAAAUCACGACCAAUAACUUAUAAACUAGUUAUAGCUCAGUCUACAGUAGAUGUUCUCAAUGAGAGUUAUUGUUUAACAGCUUAUAAAAGAAAAAAAUCCAUCAUUUUACUAAGGAAGCACAGUGUACAGAGUCUAUUUGAGUACCUUUGUAAUGAUGUUAUUAAACACACUGUAGAACAGGCACCGGCAGUGCUACUUUUAUCAUUUUUUUCCACACUGAUCUGCUAACUGACUGCUCUGGAGGCACAUGCAACAGCAAGCUCAUGUGAUAAUACUCAACCAGCUGUGGCCUUGACUCUUAA